CCCCGCCUUAUUUGCUCGGGACGAUCGGCAGAAUGCAAUUCCCGCAUUCACGAAUGAAGGUCGGACUUGGCCACAGGGAGACGGAUCGCAAGCGAAGCAUCGUCCCAUGAAGACAACCGCUAUGAAGCGGAGCAAGCACGGCAGCAAGCAAUACGAUGGCGACAUUUCGGAUGACCAGCACGGCAAAGAGUCUCGCCUCAAGGACGGCCGGAAUAAGAAGGUGACCGCUACGAAGCGCAAGAACCACGACAGCAAAGAAGAUGACGGCGAAGGUGCGGGUGUGCAGCAGGAGAAAAUAUCCGGUCCCCCGAAGAAGAAAGCUAGGAAGUAGGAGGAUGACGGAUGAGCUCGAGCUGACAAGAAACUCCGAAGCGCGAUCAAUUUUGUGUGGCUAAAAACCGUUACUAGACAAGAUUGCGGGAGCGAGUUUCUUAACACAGGC